CGGGAGCACCCAUGCUGCUGACGCUGGCCUCGGGCUCGCUCUUCUUCCCGGGGCUCUUCGCGCUCAGCACCUGGGCGCUACGCCGCUCGCGGCCCGAAUGGACCUUCUCCGACUGCGUGAUGAUCGGUACCAGGGUGGUUUCUUCAGUGCAGGCUGUGCUGGCCACCGGGUCAGGGAUCCUUAUCGUCCGCUCCUGCAGCAAUGUGAUCUCAGACAGGCACUGGCUUGCCCGAGAAUAUGUCUGGUUUAUAAUUCCAUACAUGGUUUAUGACAUUUGGGCCAUGUACCUUUGUGAGUGGUGCCGAACCAGCGACCAGAACCUCAGAUGCACCCUCAUUUUUCGAAACUUCCUGAGUCAAAACCGCCUCAUGAUCACUCACCACGUAGUCAUUCUGUUAAUCUUGGUGCCAGUUGCACAGAAGCUCCGGGGAGACCUUGGGGACUUCUUUGUUGGCUGCAUCUUCACAGCAGAACUGAGCACUCCAUUUGUAUCAUUGGGCAGAAUUCUGAUUCAGCACAAGCAGCAGCAUACCCUUCUCUUCAAGGUGAAUGGAAUCCUCACACUGGUUACGUUCCUUAUUUGUCGGAUCCUCCUUUUCCCCUUCAUGUACUGGUCCUAUGGCCAACAAAUGGGACUAAGCCUGUUUCAAGUGCCAUUCAAUAUCCCUUUCCACUGCAAUGUGGCCAAUGGCUUCCUCAUGGCUCCCCAGAUCUACUGGUUCUCUCUACUGUGUAAGAAGGCAGCUCGGCUCUUUGACCCUGCCCAAGCCAAAAAGAAUGGUUAAUUGCUCCCAGGAGGCAGGGUGCCUCCUCCUCUCAGUAUUCCAUGGACCAAAUUAUGCCCUGGACGGCAGAUGGAUUUGAUUUAAAAAAAAAAAAUUCUGAACCUCCCUUUUCUAACCUGGCCCUCUUGCAAAAGCACUUUUUUUUUCUUGGUGACAGUUAUUAGACCAUGCCAGACUUCCACUGGCAGCAGAGUAGUUCUUAGGCCUUAUCUCAAGAGCACUGAGGUAAAAGCAUGGAAUGUAGAGGCUAGUGGACCAGGGCGAAGUGUGUCUCACCUCUUUGGUGGCUACCCACCUUUCCAACACUCAGGGUACUAUCCACAAUACCAGGCCAGCAGAAGCAAGUGGUGAGUUGGUUCUUGCAAUAGUAUCAUCUUGUAGUGUUGGCCUGAGAAAAUCAUUGUGGAUAUAUAGUUUUUGUUUACUAGAUAGCCUGUUAAUGGCUCCUGGCCUCAUCGUCAUCAUCGUGUCAACAGUGAACUCUCCUGUGUACUGACUUCCAAUCAGAAGAUCAGAAGGCAGAGCUGGGAACUUGAAGCACUUGAAUAGGUCAGGAGGCCAGCAGAGGCCAGCACCUUUACAGCUGGAUAACUUGCUAAAGAAAAAGACCAAAUAUCAAAUCUGUGAGCUUAUCACAGUCAUAAACACUACUCCGUUUUUAGCACAACCUCAUAUCCAGCUUUCCCUAUUUCCAUAUCAUAGGAUGCUUUUACAGAACUACAGGGGCAAGUAGCUAUUCACUGAGUAACCCCACGGCUAAUACUGUCUUUUACAAGCAAAAUGGGAAUGGAUUUCUGCCCUCCCAACUGUGAGAUGUCUCAUCCAUGACACAAAGUACUUUUCCCAGAACCUCCUAAGCCAGGCCGAUUCCUGUGUUGAUUGCACUGCCAUUUAGCCACAGAAGGCUGGAGAGCAAGAGGGCAGCUGGCUCCACCCAAAGCAUGUCCCCAGGAGCAACGCCUUCCCCUAUGUUUGCAAGUAGGAUCCUUUGGUGCCAACACUAAUCACUCCUUCCCCUGUGGGAAGGCUUUGAGACACUUUUACAAGUGGUAGUAAAAAAAGCUAGAAUUUUAAAAGUGCCUUAAAACUCAUUAUCCAUGAACUUUUAAAGGAUUAUACAAUCAUGUCUCAAAUUUUGACUGUCUUUAAUAGGUGCCAUUUAAAAAAUAUAAAAUGCUUUGAUUUUUUA